CGCCUCAGCGCGGGUCUCUUCCCAGUUUGUUUAAAACCCAUGCAUUCUUAUUUUUUUUCGGUUUCUUUUCCGUUUUCCUUUCCUCCAUCCUUUUUUUUUCUUUUCAAAUAAAGGAAAAAUAUCAUGCCUGUUGUCAAAUUUUUGGAAUACGUUGAAGAACACCAGAAUGACUUUGUCGAAAGACUUCGCAAAGCCGUCGCUAUUCCUAGCGUGAGUGGUGAUCCUGCUCAUCGUCAGGACGUUUUCCGCAUGGCCGACUUCCUCAUCGACGAACUCAAGGCUUUGGGCGCUUCCGUUGAGACCCGCGAUCCUGGCCAGCAAGACUUCCACGGUCAGACUUUACCCUUGCCUCCCAUCGUGCUGGCCACGGUUGGCAAUGACCCUGCCAAAAAGACCAUUCUUGUUUACGGUCACUACGACGUUCAGCCUGCUUUGAUUGAGGAUGGCUGGGCUACUGAUCCUUUUACCUUGGUCGAAGAUGAUCAACACCGUUUGAUUGGACGUGGUAGCACCGACGACAAGGGUCCUGUGUUGGGCUGGAUCAACGUCGUUGAAGCACACAAGAAAAUGGGCUUGGAAUUGCCUGUCAACCUUAAAUUCUGUCUUGAAGGCAUGGAAGAAUCUGGUUCCGAAGGUUUGGAUCCCAUCAUCUACAGUGAAGCUGACAAGUACUUCCGUGAUGUCGACGCUGUGUGCAUUUCUGAUAACUACUGGCUCGGUACCACCAAGCCUUGCCUUACCUACGGUCUCCGUGGAGUCUCCUACUUCCAUUUGACUGUCAAGGGUCCCAGAGCUGAUUUGCAUUCUGGUGUGUUUGGUGGCACUGUCCACGAACCAAUGACCGAUCUUUUCGCUCUCAUGAGCAAAUUGGUCACUCCUGACGGCAAGAUUUUGGUGCCCGGUAUUUACGAUCAAGUGCGCCAAGUGACCGACGAGGAGCAAAAGACCUAUGAUCAUUUGGCGUUCAAGAUGGAAGAACUCCAUGACGCUGUGGGUAACAAGAUCAAUAUUCACGAAUCCAUCCGUGAUACUUUGCAACACCGCUGGAGAUUCCCCUCCUUGUCCCUUCACGGUGUCGAAGGUGCCUUCUACAACCCUGGUGACAAGACCGUCGUUCCCGCUCGUGUCGUUGGCAAGUUCUCCAUCCGUACCGUCCCUGAUAUGGAACCCGAAAAGGUGACUGAACUCGUCAAGAAAUACGUGACCGACGAAUUCAACAAGUUGAAUUCCAAGAACUCCAUGACCAUCGAAUGCACUCACGGUGGUAACCACUGGCUCUCCAGCCCUCAGCAUCCUAACUAUGUGGCUGCUGCCAAGGCCGUUGAAAAAGUGUUCAGUGUCAAGCCUGAUUUGACCCGUGAAGGUGGUUCUAUUCCUGUGACCCUGUCCUUCCAGGAAGCUCUCAAGAAGAACGUCUUGUUGCUCCCCAUGGGCCGUGGCGAUGAUGGCGCUCACUCCAUCAACGAGAAAUUGGAUCGCUCCAACUACGUGUCUGGUACCAAGUUGUUGGGCACUUACUUGUAUGAAGUUUCUCAAGUCCAGCUGUAAAGAAAUAAAUAAUGCAAAUAUGGGUUUUUAUGGUAAAAAG